GCGAAAAAGUUUUAAUAAUUAUAGGCGGUGACGACAACUAUGUGGGGAGAGAAGAGGAAAACGAAGCCGUCAUGUCACGUUGGGCUCGGAGGAAAGUUUCGUCACAAUUCGAGGAGGAAUAUCUUGACGGACGAAAAAGUUUCAUUUUUUCUUGGCACAAAAACCACCGAGAGAUUCACGAGAAAGCUCUUCUACACUUUUUUGAACCAAGUAAGAUGAGUGAAAAGUUUGAUUAUCAUGAGCCAGAAAUGAGUCUAUCAGCCGACACUUCUAACGCAACAGCUGAGGAAAAUAUCCAAGGGCUGAAUCCUCAACCAGAGAUCACACAAUCGACGCCGUCCAACGUUCCAGAGAAUAUUUCAGUGUAUCCAACGGAUGAGGUCGAGUAUGUAAAUGAAUUUGAAGCAUCUUACAAAAAGAACAAGGAGGAAGUAAUAGUUGUUGUGGGUCCUCGUGAUAAGAUUCCGUCAGGGUUGUCCCUGAAUUAUCCAGAAGGUUCAGUGCUUCUAGAUACUCGGCUUCGCCAUGGGGAAGUCUCAGACGACACGAGAGAUGUGGUGCAUAGAGAGGACGGAUGGCAAGUACCGGAAGGCUACAGGGACCAUCUAAGAAGUAUGCACGCGGCAGAAACCAACCUUAGAGUAAAGUUUGUAGUUCGCCAAAACCAACUAACCACAAUUAUAAUCCGAAACUGGUUUGGACCGCUUUUGGGGGGAUGUUGCACAAUACUCUGAGCCUUAACAAAGGCUAAAUUUUUCAACAAAUUUUCGUUAGCAACCCAGAAGUAAUCUAUAUACAUAUAUUCUUUUUUCGGGCAGAAGGUUGACCACUCGUCAAAAAAUAGAUAAUCUUUAACUGCGUUUUUGAUGCAUGGCAAAGUUUACUUUAGUACUGAGUUUGAAAGCUUGUGGAAAUUGAAAUCAUUUUAAUGACAUUAUUGAUAUAAUACUA